AUGGCAGAAACAACACCUCUGUUAACAUCUACUUUACAAGUUCAUGAUCCUGUAAUAGCAAAAACAACAUCUCUGCUAACAUCUACUUUACAAGUUCAUGAUCCUGUAAUAAUAGUAACUGUUCCGGAAAAUAAAGCCGAUAUUUCAAUAAUAAAUAAUAAGCCGCUAAAAGCUAUAAUACAUUUGAUCGUGUUGUUUAUCAUUUCAACUGUUUUUGUCUAUUUAACAUUAAAAAUAUAUUUGCCUCCGUUAGAUGAAAAUCAAAAGCAACAUUUACACUUGCCAAGAGGAAUCGAGGAUUUACGAGCACUAAAUAAAAUACUUAAUGAAUACAUGGAUCGAUAUCAUUACCAAAUAAUGUUAACAUAUUCUGUUGUUUAUGUAUACCUACAAACGUUUUCGGUACCAGGUAGCAUGUGGCUAUCUAUAUUGGGUGGCGCAUUAUUUAGUAUGCCCAUAGCAUUGUUACUUAUUUGUUCGUGCGCGGGAAUAGGCUCAUCAAAUUGUUAUCUGCUUUCUAAAGCUUAUGGUAAAUCCUUUGUAAAAUCUCGAUUCAGAUCAAAACUUGACGCUUGGUCUCGUCAACUUGAUAAACACUCCCAUCAUCUACUAAACUAUAUGAUAAUCGUCCGUAUAUCUCCACUUCCUCCACAUUGGUUUAUAAAUAUUGCGGCUCCACAUGUUGGAGUUCCGUUAAUUCCUUUUUUCUUGGGUACUUUCUUUGGUGUUUUGGGCCAUACAUUGAUUUAUGUCCAGGCUGGUAUGACCAUAAGCGAUUUGACGAGUGACCAAGAAUUUACGAUUUUUAGUUGGAAAAAUGUUGGGGCCUUGGCAUUAAUUGCUGUGGCUGUUAUGAUUCCUGUAUGGAUUAGAAAGAGAGCAGGUAUAGAUAGUGAAAACUACCAAGAAAUUGAUCACGAAUAA